CCAAUUUCAAAGUAAAAAUAAAUAAAUGCCAAACGAUGUUACAAAAUCCAGUUUUGAAGAAUUUAACCGAUCCGAAUUUCGGAAAACCACCCAAACAUCAAAACAUCAUUUUACAACAACUCGGUUUACCACAUAUAACAAGUUUCAACUAUAUGGUAAAUGAAGGAUUGAGCAAAGCAGUAGCAGAUUUGAAUCCGGUGGAAUUCGAAUUGAAUAAUAAAAGGUUAAAGUUUGCUAUAACCGACUAUAAUUUUCAACUGCCUGAGGUACCUUUGGGAACUGUCGGUGUGAAAAACCGCUAUGUUUACCCCACGGAGUGCAGACAAAGAGCUGCAACCUACAAGGGCAAGUUCUCUGUAAAGGUAGAUUGGUAUAUAGAUGAUGUGCAACAAACGUCCUUUGAUAAGGAUAUGGGGGAAAUCCCUAUCAUGAUCAAGUCCAACCGUUGUCAUUUGGAAUCAAUGUCCCCAAAAGAAUUGGUGAAACAUGGAGAGCAUGAACAAGAAUGGGGUGGCUAUUUUGUGGUUAAAGGCCAUGAGAGACUUGUGAGGAUGUUACUAAUGACUAGAAGGAACUAUCCAGUAGCCAUAAGAAGAUCUGGAUGGAAAAUGCGAGGCUCGUUAUUUUCAGAUAGUGGUAUAUCAAUUCGGUGUGUCAAAGAUGAUCAAACAGCUACAACAAAUGUGCUGCAUUAUGUAACUGAUGGAAAUGCAAAGUUGAUGUUUAGUUACAGAAAAGUGUUGUAUUAUGCUCCUUUGUGUCUGAUAUUAAAAUGUCUGGUUGAUUAUACUGAUCAUUAUAUUUUUCAAAAGUUGACCCAAGGUUUUGAGGAUGAUUCCUACUAUAUUGACUGUGUUCAAAAUAUGUUGAGAGGGGUUCAUAUGGAAAAUUUGCACUCCAGUGAAGAAUGUAAAGCUUAUAUAGGUAAAAUGUUCAGAGUAAAAUUCUUUGAGUGUCCUGAAUGGUGGCCCGACAUUGAAAUCGGCGAAUUUAUAUUGAAAAAAUGCAUCCUAAUCCACUUGGAUUCAAAUGAAGACAAAUUCAACAUGCUGGUAUUCAUGACCCAAAAACUGUUCACAUUUGCCCAAGAUAAAUGCAAAUUAGAAGGAGCUGAUGCUGUCAUGAUGCAGGAGUUGCUAUUGGGUGGCCAUUUAUAUCUGCAAAUCGUGAAGGAAAAACUCCAAACCUGGCUAACAAACUUGCGCUACACCCUCAGCAAAGUCUCCAACCAAUCUCAAUUCAGUUGCAGCCAACAGGACAUCCAAAAAGCAGCGAAAUUCAAUGGAGGCCUGGAAAAUGUAAUACAAAAUUUCCUGGCGACUGGGAACGUGACGAGCAACUCGGGAUUAGGUUUGAUGCAGGACAAAGGUCUAACAAUCGUGGCGGAGAACAUUAACAGGAUGCGAUACAUGUCGCAUUUUAGGGCGGUACACAGAGGCGCAUUCUUCCAGGAAAUGCGAACCACGGAGGCGAGACAGUUGUUGCCGGACGCUUGGGGUUUUAUUUGUCCUGUACACACUCCUGAUGGUACUCCGUGCGGGUUACUCAAUCAUUUGACCAUGAAUUGUCAAGUAACUGAUAUUCCUAAUGCAGUACAAGUCGAGAACAUACCAAUUUUGUUAACUGAGUUGGGAAUGGUGCCCUUGCAAUUUUUCAGCACGUUAGAUUUGAAGAACUGGUAUGUAGUGCAAUUGGAUGGCAGAAUUAUUGGGUAUAUUAAUAAAGAUUGCGCCCAAAAAUUGGUGGAUAACCUAAGAUUAUAUAAAAUUAAGGGAGAUAGAGUACCAAACACGUUGGAAAUCGUGCUUGUGGUCAGAAAGGAGACUGCAACCCAGUAUCCAGGUUUGUACUUGUUUACGGGACCGGCGAGAAUGAUGAGACCACUUAUUAAUUUGGUGGCAAAUCAGAUUGAACUCGUUGGAACUUUUGAGCAGGUUUAUUUGGAUAUUUGUGUCGCACCAGAAGAAUCUUAUCCAGGUAUAACAAAACAUAUGGAACUCUCGAAGACAGCCUUCAUGUCAAAUCUAGCUAUGUUAAUCCCGAUGCCUGAUUGCAACCAAUCGCCAAGAAACAUGUACCAGUGCCAGAUGGGCAAACAAACCAUGGCAUCGCCUUGUCAUAACUGGGACUUGCAAUCAGAAACCAAGUUGUACCGAUUACAAACCCCUUCAUCACCUCUUUUCAGACCUGUACACCAUGAUAACAUCGGUCUGGACGAUUUCGCAAUGGGAACUAAUGCUAUUGUUGCUGUUAUUAGCUACACCGGAUACGACAUGGAAGAUGCGAUGAUAAUCAACAAGGCUUCGGACGAGCGCGGAUUUGCACAUGGUUCCAUCUACAAAUCAGAAUUCGUAGAGGUCGACCAUCAACACUCCUACUUUUGCAGAGACCCAAAAAAUACACAAUUAAACGAAUACAUGGACACGGACGGUUUACCGAUCAUCGGUAAAAAAAUACAGGCAGGAGAUCCUUUGUAUUGUUAUUAUAGCGCUGACACUUCGAAUUACGUGGUCAGAAAGUUCGGGGGAAAAGAAGAUUGUUACGUACACAGCGUCAAGUUGUGCGGGGAUUUUAGCAUUAAGGCGUUAAAAACAGCCUGCAUCACUUUCAGAGUACCUAGAAACGCCAGUGUGGGAGAUAAAUUCGCUAGUAGGGCAGGUCAAAAGGGUAUUUGCUCGCAGAAAUGGCCAGCUGAAGAUUUACCUUUUACGGAAACAGGUCUUGUACCAGAUAUUGUGUUUAAUCCUCAUGGUUUUCCAUCUCGUAUGACCAUUGCUAUGAUGAUCGAAAUUAUGGCUGGAAAAUCGGCUGCAUUGCAUGGGUUAGUGCAUGACGCCACACCUUUUAAAUUCAACGAAACUGAUACAGCCAUUGACUAUUUUGGAAGGCUCUUAGAAACUGGCGGUUAUAAUUAUUACGGAACUGAAACAAUGUAUUCGGGGAUAGAUGGCAGAGAAAUGCAGGCGGAAAUAUUCUUUGGAAUUGUACAUUAUCAACGUUUAAGACACAUGGUUUCAGACAAAUGGCAAGUGAGAUCAACGGGUCCGAUUGACGUUUUAACUCGUCAACCCUUGAAGGGUAGAAAACGAGGUGGUGGUGUACGUUUCGGAGAAAUGGAACGUGACUCUCUCAUCAGUCACGGGGCUUCUUUCUUACUGCAAGACAGAUUGUUGCAUUGUUCUGACCGCACUACCGCGAGUAUUUGUACGGCUUGUGGCUCGAUCUUAGGACCGAUAACUGUGGUGACUGCAAAAGCGGACAAACCACAUUUAACUGAAACAAGAAACACGUGCAACUUAUGCGGAACAAAUCGUAACAUUUCUGAAAUACAAAUUCCGUAUAUUUUCAAAUUCUUUAUUACGCAAAUGGCUUCUUGUAAUAUCAAUGUUAAAAUAGAAUGCGAGAAAGUUUAAUAUCCUUAUGUAAAGUGAUGAACAAAUAAUUUCUUAUGUAAUAUAUGUUUUUUAUAAAUCCAUGUUUUAUUAAAUUAAUUAAAUAGUGAA